AUGCAUAACGACCAAUCUCUAGUCUCUUUCCCCAGCGUUCAGUCCAUCCCCUACUCUCCAGAAUCUGGGGUUAUCUCGGUGGCCAGCACAAAGCCCAAACUGUCGCAUAUCGUCUGCUUCCCAUUCAGGCAAAUUAGAGCCAGCAUGGCUCGUAGGCUGCAUAUACUUUGCAGGCGGUGA